AUUGGCCAGGAGAAUGAGAGGAUUUCCCGUAAGCCUCCAGUCAGAUUGUCAGGUCUGAAACCAUCAGCCACACUUUACACCCUAAACCACACAGUACAGUUAGAGACACACAACUUCCUGUGGUUCGGUUUUUUAAAAAGCCAUUUCAUGAAACGUUAAAACAAAGAGAACUGAAAGUUACCUCUCUACCUUCAGUGUUGCGUGGGUCAGCCCAGUUCAGAUUCUGUCUCUAGAGCCUUCUCGAAGAUCCUACCGGUUUGAUGUGCAUAAAUGGGAAUUGACCUAUGAAAGUUUAUACCAUACCCACUUUGACUUACACACCGCACCUACUGAAAAGGCCUGAUACAACACAGUAAUGUUGUAUCAGAUGUCGUUGACUGUAGUGUCUUGCUGUUUGUGACUGAGAGCACCAACUGGAUGAGCUGCGGGUAAGGCCCAAUGUCUAGGAUGGGAGGCAUGUAGGCCACUUCCAUGUAGUUGACUGCAUGCUGGAAUUAAAAAGGCAUGGAUUAGCAUAUCAAGUGUAUAUCAAGUGUUUAAAAUAUAACUGUCUUCUCUUGCUGAGGUAACUUCUGUGGGAACAUAUUCAAGCUUACGUGUGUGAAAAACAGCUGUUUUCUCCCUCUCCCACCCCCCUCUCUACCUCUCUCGCUUUCCUUUCAGAUCUACACAAAGUGGUAGUUGGUAGGUGCUGUUUCUGGACCGGGCGUUGUUCUCUUUCGCGCUCCCUUUUCACCUUUUUUGUUUUGAAAAGAUACCAGACAGCUCAACAGAGAAACUAUUGAAUAUGACCAUAAAUCUCACAACCCUCCAUGUCUAUCUCCCUCUAUCCCUCCCUAUCUCAGACAGUAGUGAAGAGGGUGUCUCCUGCUCUGACUCUGGGUGGCCCCGGCCUUCGGGCCCACACCAUGCUGUGGUUCGAGAGGACACAGCUCCCCCGCUUGCGUCAGCCUGGCCACCCCCUACCCCGCUGGCUACAUGGCUUCGCCACGCGCAGGGAAGCAGAGGAGCUUCUGAAGGACAAGCAGCAGGGCUGUUUUCUGAUCAGGCUCAGCGAGUCAAAGAUUGGUUUUGUACUCUCGUACAGAGGAAAGGAUAGAUGCCGCCAUUUCAUCAUAGAGGAAGAAGAGGGUGGCAGAGGGGCAUGUUAUCUCAUCGCUGGGGAGGAGAGUCACCAUAGAAGCCUGCAGGAGCUGGUCAGCCACUACACCCAGAAUCCCGUGGGGCCCUUCAACGAGAUUCUCAACACGCCCUGUGACGAGUCCAAUGAAAGUUUUGAGAGUACAGUUAAACUGGGGUUGCAGGAUGAAGGUGGAGAGACAACGAAAGUGACUGAAAAGGAAGCCACUGUACGGUCAUCAACAGCACCCUCGGCUCCUGACACUGUCCGAGUUCAAGAGAUAUUGGCUAGCUCAGCCCCUACAGAUGACGGGGUGCCAGAGUAUGCUGUGGUCAGGAAGGUGCUCAAGAAGUCCUGUUCUCUACCAGAAAGCCAGUUUAGGGAACUGAUGGAGGUGACAAAUCUGAUCGCCCCCCCCCAAGAUGUGACAAAAACUGGUGUUAGCUGUUUAGGAGCAUGUGGGAGAGGUGAUGACGACACCGAAGCACUGUACGCUCAGGUCAACAAGCCACCAAGCAUGCUUUCCCAGGCAGACAUAACUCCCAAAGUCAAUGUGGGCAACCCACCAGGCCAGAGGGCGGAGGCAGCGUCCUCCGUCCUGCUCACGAGCAGUGGCUCCGACGAGGACCCGAGUUACUGGAAGCUGGAGCCCCUGCACACCUACGAGGAAACCCCUCAUCUGGCCCAACACGAAGAAGAAGAGGCAAAGGAACACAUUGACUUCUACGCCAUGGGGCUCUGGCGGGAUGCCGAGAGGAGCGCAGGCGGGCAAGACCCCCAGCAUCACCUCUAUUCAGAGGUGAACCUAAGGAGAGAGGCCCCCAGUCAUGUUCCCCUUCCUGCCAGGACAGCCCCCAACCGGCCUUUACGACCGCCCCGCAGGGCCAUUAACUGCCCCCCUCGAUCAGACGGAAGUGUGCAGCGAUGUGGAGAUGCCAUCUUUUCUUCCCCAUCCCGACCUGGGGUCUUUCUGCCACCUCGUUCAGAACGACCUUUGACUGAUGACUCAGGCACCAGCAUCUACGAACAGAUCCCAGCGAGGCCAACCAGCUCAAAGCCUUCACUGCCUCCACCCAACCCCUGACCACUCUUUACUAAGACCCUGUCAUACAACUCCACUUAUAAACCUUAAUGACUACCCGAUAUCAAACUAUAAACCCUAAGCACACUUCACCCAAGACCCUCUCUGCAAUUAUCAUUUAACAAAAUAAUGACAACCCCAAUAUAUUUUAAGCCUUACUGUACACUUACCAGAUUAAGGUAUAUUUUCUAUUUAACGCGAGGCUUGAUCAUCCUGAAUGUCAAGUCUCUGUGUGCCAAAAAUGCAUCUACAGAAGUUGUGCCCCAAUCUACCCUUGAAGAGUAAACUUGCACACUACCCCACAAAAAGAUUGACAGAAUGGUAAACACAAGAAUCUCACUUUAUAAAACCCAGCCGGUUUGUUUAUUUCCCAAACAUGAAGUUCCAAGUCACCUGAGAAAUUACUUUCUGUAGAAAUUACUUUGAGGGUUUCAAAUGAAUUACAAAAUAAAACAAAAUGCAGCCAUUCUUGCAUUGUA